AUGGAUUCCAUGAGGUCGUUGAACACCUCCCUGCCGAGCUCGACACCGCGGCCGCAGCCGCCCGAGCAACUCCUCCAGUCCUUCAAAGCGGCUGCGUUAUCUGUCACCAACCUAUACAAGAAUGCCGUCUGCGAACAAGCUCAGGCCCGUCAAGCUGGCUACCAGGAGGCUGUAGAGGACCUGCUUCACUUCCUUGACCGCGAGAAUCUUGGUCUUGGUGACGGAGAGGGGUGGAGGGUCCGUCAGUGGGCAACUGAGAAGUGUGAUGGAACUGCUCAAGGUAGCGACGACGAUGAGCGAGCCGACACAGAUAAGCAUGACCGAAGUGCGACACCUGCGACUGCUCGCAAGGAAGCGCCCUCGUCCGAGCCCGCUUCUCGACAACCACCUACCUCCACUCCCAUCUCCGCACCUGCUCCCGCACCUCGUCCCGAGACCACGAACCCCGCACCUCCGCCUCAAGAGACCUCGCUUGGAUCACCGACAGUAUUUACAUUCACCGCUGGCCCGACAUUCCCCCAAUGUCAAGACCUUGAAAUGGACAUGCAAUCUUCCGACAACCCUACCCCUCCUUCGCCAGACGGUGCACCAGUCAGUGUCUCCGUUUUGCCUCGCAACUCUCGCCAUCAACAUCAACAUCGCCACAACAACCUCGCCCGUCCAAACGCCCGCCCCUUCCCUCGAGAGUCCCCUGCUAGCAUAGGAUCCAAGCGGAAAUUUAACGUGCCGGACUUCUUUGACUUAUCAGGCGACAUGUUUGGGGGUGGUAAACGUGGCCGGUUCACCUAG